AUGGCAACAAGCGGAACAAUUCAUUGUGUUGACUUAAGAGAGGGUAACUAUCGUGUGCGGGUGGAUGAGUGCUGCAAUAAUGAUGCUAAACUUAUUUUUCCUAUUAAGGAUGAGAUCAUUUUUGUACGUCAUGCUGUCGGUUACUUUGUUGAGUGGCCAUCUCAUCUGAUCAUUCCAUACGAUUCAAAUUUGCUACCUAAGAAGACAAAGAAGCAAAAAAGAAAUAGUUCACCAAUACCUAAUGCCCCAAUGACACAAGACAAGUCUCAUCCUUCCCAAAGACUUCCUAGUCAAAAUGAAGUAGUGUCAAGUAAAGCUAGUGCCCCGAUACUCUUCAAGAUUCCUAGUGGGGUUCCUCACUCUCUCAAGUGUUUAUUAACUACUGUGAAGUAUGUGGAGCCAAGUUUCAUGGCCAAAGUUCCGAUGGAUUUCGAGAUAUUAGGUCAUGAGAAUGAUUUAUAUAUCUCACAAGAAGAUAUAGUCCACUUUGGCUUAAUGGAGGAGAUUGGAGCAUCAUGUAUAUCGUUAUAUAUCAGGAUUUUAUACUUCCAAUUAGUGAAAAGAGAGAUCAGUCACUUUUUUCGUUUUGUUGAGCCAAUUUCGUUAUCAAAUGUUGGAUCUACUGAAGAAGAAUGA